CAGGGCGUACGGAUAGGGUUAAAGGUGCAACUCCCUCCGACCCACUUUUCCGCCGCAAUAGGUAGGCAGUUGGCCGACAUUGUAGCCCCGACAGCAUCCUAUUAAUCUGGCAACCCCUAGCCUAUCCAGUUUUUGAAUUUGGCCAUUGCUGAAUGGAGUCUGAGUUUACUAAAAAUCUGGAAUGUGUAUAAACCGAGGGCAGUAAUAGCCCAAAAUAGAAAGCAAAGCUAAGAUAUAUAUCAAUCGUCGAUUUAGCUUGUGUGUAAAGACAGAUUUCUACUGUUCGUGUGUUUCAUGAAAUCAAUUUCCCUGUUGUGUAAUUGUUGUUCUGUGGAAGCAAUGUAGGGCACAUAAACAUCUGGUAGGCUUUUUUUCCAGUCAGUUCUCCCUCGUCCAUCUCAGCAAGAGGUUUGCCACUUCGUCGCAAGUGACACAGUUACGGCUACAGCUGGAAGAUGGUGGCGAGUUCUCAGGCCCAGCAGUCCCAAGAUGAGGAUCAAGUCUACGAUGUUGUGUUUGUUGUGGAGAAGACAGCGAAUUUAGUUCCAUAUUUAGACGAAUUGAAAACAUCCUACCUACUUCCAACUUUAGAGUAUUUCAAUGGAGGUCCUCCAAGUCCGAUUGACACUGGCCAUGAUUACAACUGCACUCUGUACUGCCUGGUCACGUACCGUGCUGGGGAUGCCGCUCCAGAGAUGUCGUCUGAUUGCACGUACCCGACCACCAGCACGCACGAACUCAUACAGUCCUUUGAUAACCUCGAGUUCAUAGGUGGUGCUGGCCAAAGCUCUAGCCAUGUGUCGGAGGGGCUUAGUACAGCAUUACAGUGUUUGGAUGAGAUUAAACAGCUCAGAUAUUCAGGCAAACCGAGUCAACGCCACUGCAUCCUCAUCUGCAACUCUCCUCCAUACCACAUAGUGGCAGAAGAAAGCCAGGACUAUCGAGGUUACAACAGUGAACAACUGGCAAGCAUGAUGGGAAAGAGAGGAGUGCAUCUGUCGAUUAUUUCCCCUCGUAAGAUUCCAGCACUCCAGAAACUUUUCAAUGAGGCUGCGGCAGGUGACAACUACCACCCGCACCAACAGGGAUACUACGCUGUCGACCCCCGCCAUCUGGUGCUGCUCAAGGGGUUUCAGCUUCAAGAGAGAUCUGAGAUUGAAGAGGACAAAAAGCAGGCUGUCAAAGCUCCCAGCCCAGCCAUGAUAAAGGAGCAGGCUGCACAGAAUGUCCCCGAUGCUUUCAAAAAGCCAAUGACCAGUCAACCAGGUAUGAUGAACCAGCAGCCGGGCGCCCAGCAGAUGAUGCAGCCCCCUGGCCCCCAGGCGGCACAGUCCUCUCCCCUUGGCAUCCAGCAGGUGGGCAACCCACAAGUGGUGAUGGCUGGAGCUGGGAACAUGGCCGGUGGGAUGGACCCCAUGGGGGCGGGGCAGGCUCCGGGUCAAGGCCAGGGCAAACACACGCUCAUGAUGCCCAUGAGGCCACAGGGUCAGCAAGCCAAAGUUCAAGGUCAAGCGGGACUCGCAGGCGCCACUAACAUGAUGCAGCCCAGAAUGCGCCAGCAGCAGCCUCCUCAAGAUGCCAACAUGAUCAUGCGUCAGCCGGGCAUGGCAGGCAACCAAGCCAUGAUGAACAUGCAGCCACAAGGCUCGGUGGGAAUGUCCACCCCAGGGGCCAUGAUCAACCCACAGAUGGCACAGCAGGCAGUGCCAAACUCUCAGGCUAACUUGCUGAGCUCACAGGCUAUGGCUAACAUGCAGCCUGGAGCCCCGCAGAACCCUGCCAUGAUGGCAAUGGGCAUGCCACAGAACCCGGCCAUGAUGCAAACGGGAGUCCCGCAAAACCCCAGCAUGAUGCAGGCCGGCGGGCCCCAGCCACCGCAAAACCCGGCCAUGAUGCAGGCUGGUGGGCCAUCGCAAAACCCGGCCAUGAUACAAACCAGCGGCCCGCAAAAUCCUCCUGGCAUGAUGCCUCCGUCGGCCGGGGUGAUGGGCAUGUCGCAGCAGCAGGGCCAGCAGCCUGCCCAGACGCCGCAGUCGCAACAGCAACAGCAGUUCCCGCCGCAGCAGCAGGGAUACAUGCCUGAUGCACAGGGCAUGGGUCAGCAGCACGGCCAGUUGCCCAUGGUCCCUGGACCCAGGGAGAAAAGAGUCAUAUGGACAGGCACCAUGGAAUAUCAGGACCGUAAUGCCCAGGCAGCGAAUCAGCAAAAUGUCAAUUUCUUACUCAACUGCAAUGUCUACAUCGAGAUGCAGGAUGCUGACAUCAACACAGGAGACUGGCCACAGAAACUGACCAUUCAGCUUUUGCCGCAGCGCAUGUUGUCCAGUGUGCAGCACCUGUGCAAGAACUCGCGCCAGGUUUUGUUUCAUUUUCCAGUCAACACCAGUCCCAACAAUGAGGCACUUGGCAAUCUCUACAUGCUCAUGAGCAAUGGUUUCGCAGGUUGCGUUCGCUUCCCGCCUCAGUCAGAUACCAAGAUCAUCUUGGUGAUGUACAGCGGCAAGAAGAAGUCUCUAAUCGGCCUCAUCCCCAACGACCAGAACGGCAUCAUGAAUGGCAUCAAGAAAGUGGUAGCACACUACCGCUUGAAGAAUCAAGGAGGGCCCGCUGCCAUGGCCAACGCUGCUGCCGCUGCUGGGGCUCAAGCCAUGCAAGGCAAUGUCGCGGCCUCGCAAGCCGCCGCAGUCAGUGCAGGAGGAAUGAUGCAGCCACAGAUGCCAAUGCAGGUCAGUGCUGGGCAGCAGCAAGCGCAGCCGACAAGCCAGCAGCAGCAGCCCAACCCGCAGCCGCAGCAACAGCAGCAGGUGCCAGGACAGCAGCAAGAUCAGCGGAGAGCCAAUCUGUUGCAAAUCCAGAGCCUUCACAAUGAUCUGCAGGCGGCCAAGAAUAGAGAGAGGCAGUUCCAGCAACAGCAGCAGCAAACGCAGGGUGUAGACCAGAAGGUGAUCAUGGUGCAGCAACAGCAGCAGCAGCAGCAGCAACAACAACAGCAGCAGCAACAACAACAGCCACAAGUUCAGCAACAGCAGUUCUUAGGUGAGGUCUCUUUGCUUUCUCUCAGUUUGGUUUCAUCUCAGGUGUGAUUGUAGUGAGGGUUCUUUUGUUUUUUUCUGUUUUUUUUCUGUUUAUUUGUUUGGUUGUAUUUUUUUUUUUCUUUUCUGUUUCCACAGAUGUUCCCAAGUUGGCUCAGUUUCUUCUUAUUUAUCUUUACAUGGGUUGUUGUAUGUAGUGCCUUGUGUUCCCUUUGUCCUUUCUCCUUGUGCUGAGAGAUCUGAGCCUCUGUGUGUUUCUGUGAGGAUGGUUGGUGGCCGCUGUGGUGUGGUCUGCUCCCUCUCCUUUUCCAGACUUUAUAUUCUGUCCCAUUCUUUUCUUAUUUUUGAAUAUUAAGUGAAAAUUAACUUUUGUUGUACUGAUUCACUGUAAAGAACCUCUCAUUUCUCAGCUCUGUGUUAAGUCAUGUGAUCAGGUGUGCCUUGGAACCUCAAUAGUAUGCCCUAAGUGCCCAUUGAUUUUCAUUAACACUUUAAAGUUCUAGUGGACACAUAUGUCUAAUCAGCAGCGGACCAAAGGCGAUGCUGUGGCUCAUUUCAAACCAUCAAAUACAAUUUAGAAACACAAAUUUGCGUAUUUCGUAGUAUGCAUAUUGUUGUAUGCCUUCAGAUAAAGAAGACAGAAUUGAAAGACUUGCAUGAAUAAAGAAGUCAUACUUCAAACCAAGGUAUCUGCAAAUGUCGAAUGACCAGAAAGAAUACUCAUCCGUAAAGAGUUAAUUUAUUGUUUUAAAAGUACUUUUUGGAGCCUCCUGAUUGCUACUGCGUUAGUGAUCUGGAUCAAAUUUUUGCACAAAUGAGGUUCUUGUCUAUGCUCAUCAGUCUGUUGUCAUGCAUGUGUGUUGAUCGUUCUCACUUCUGUACAUGGCAUUUGAACGAAACUGGAGCCUUCCAAGUUUUUGCACCCCUCAUGAGGAUAUGGGUGAAGUAGUAUUAUUAAUGUCAGCUACUAGUUUUGGUAUGAUCAGAAUACAAAACUUGGGAGAAUGAGAGUUUAUUUUCAUAGUGCCCCAGUUCAGUGUUAUGGCUUUCCAGUUCUGUUCCAGUGUCUGUCUGGGUCAUAUUGUGAGCCUGUCUUCUCAUGCUGCUUCGUUUUCUGUUCACCAUAUAUGUGUACAUAUGUGGAUCUGUGUCUGCCUGUAUAUUGGCCCAUUUAAAGACCCACUAUGUCUCUAAAAUUUUUGAACUUAAAGAAACCUGUGAAUAGUGCAGAUGUAAUGAUAAUAAUAAUAAUAAUAAUGAGACUUUAUAUAGCUCCUAAUCCCUAGAACGCUCUACAAACUGCAAUGCAGAACUGAGCUGUUGCUCAACUAAUAAAUCAAAAGACAGAAAUGCACAUUAUGAGACCAGUUAACAACACACACAAGGCAGAUGAUAGUGAUGGCCAAAUGUGUCUUAACAUUUUUCUUAAACUCUCUCUCUCUCUUUGAUGUUAUAAUAAUAUAAUAAGCAUUUCUUUUGGGAGAGAAUUCCAAAUUUUAGUAACAAUGGAGAAAAAAAGCUCUUUCACCCCACUUGCUAGACUUUAAAGUGGACAUUCUCGGCUAAAACAGCACCUGGACAUGGAUGGCUGUUGCCUCUAUAAAUAAAUCAUUGAUGGUCAGGUCAGUGGACAUUCUCAUGAGAUUCACAUCUGAAGAUCUCAAAUGUCUUGAUAGUGUAAUAUAUGACUCAGUAAAGUCUUUAAGAUAUUGUGGUGCUUUGUUGUUCGUGUGCUUGUUACACAAAAAGAGAAGUAUAGUAAUCAAAACUUUCCAGUUCUGUGGAAAAGGUUUAAAAUGAAUUUUGCAACAAAGAUAAUGCAUUAAUCGGAUGUGGCUUAUAUUAUAACAAGGAUGGGGGCAAAGGAGGUAACUUUUAAGUUUAAUUUCGAGGAGGCAUAUAGUGGGUUUUAUAGAGGAGCCCUUUGUAUGUCAUCUGUCACUCACCAGUCAUCAUUGUAUCACCACUUUCAUCAUUGGUUCUCCUUGUUGCAUCAGCUUGUUUGGUCUUUCCCCUGUCAUCAGUGUGUCCAGUAUUUUGUUCACAAUUCCACUCAAUCGCCGAAUCUUUUCUCUGCAACUCCCACAAUGCUGGUCUUGCAGUAUGUAGUAUCAUAGUAUAUAAUAUUAUGUUGUAACCUGGCCAUCGAAAGACCUUGGGAGUCUACCAAAAUUCCAAAUGUACUUUGAAGCAGCGUGUGGAGCUAGUGCUUGCAUCACAGUAUGGAGCCAGAAGCCAGAGCUGGGCAGAUGUAGAUACCAAACACUCCUCAGGAUGUUAGUAGUAGUUAGUAGCAGGGGCUUCUUAGUGGAGUGUGACGUGCUUGAUGGGUUUUAAAAAAAUUUUUUUAGCUAUGAAAUUAUAUUCCAGACUUUACUGAUUUAUUUUUUGCUGUAAAAGAAACCU